ACUGUACGACUCCCCAGGGUGCCCUGGCCAUUAUGGAUCUGGGUCGGUUGCACGUGGUUUCGCAAACAAACGACCGCCAGUCCGCACGCGUGCAGCAGAAACACUCACUCGCCCACACUGGCUCAGACAACGAGUUUGCUACCCCUCCCGAAAGCAUGGAGGAUCUACCCAGGAAGGAUAGCAAGACACAAGCAGGUAGGUAG